AUGUUUAUCCCUGAUGUGGUGCAAGGGAAUCAGGUGGGUUUCAUUAAGGGUCGCCUCUUAUGUGAAAACGUCCUUUUGGCUUCGGAGCUAGUCGAAAAUUUUCUUGGUCAGAGGAAUUUUUGGACUCUUAACUCUACAACUUCAGACAGCUGGAUUUGGAGGAGGUUGUGUAAGCUCAGAGAAGUGGCUAGGCCUUUUGUUGUUUGUGAUGUUGGGUCUGGGGUCACUGCGAAGUUUUGGCAUGACAAUUGGACUGGACACGGUCCUCUUAUUGAUUUAGUUGGUCCGUUAGGGCCGCAAACGGUGGGUCUGCCUAUUGAUGCUGUGGGAUUGAUUGAUUGUCAGCAUGACGACUCAUUUAUCUGGAAAACGGACCUUCAUGCUCCUUCGAACAUUUUCUCUACAGCGAAGACUUCGCUUGCUCUCCACCCGCAGAAUCACAUUGUCCCUUGGUAUAAGGCGGUCUGGUUUAAGAAUCAUGUUCCAAAACAUGCUUUCAUUUGUUGGGUCGUGGCUUGGAAUAGACUGCACACUCGGGAUCGAUUACGGAGCUGGGGGCUCUCGAUUCCUGCAGUUUGUCUCCUUUGUAACUCUCAUGAUGAGUCCAGAGCUCAUCUCUUCUUUGAGUGUCCUUUCUGUGGAGCCGUGUGGCGGUUCUUCACGGGUAGGGCUAAUCUAUUUCCUCCUGCGCAGCUCAUGUAUUGUCUAAUCUGGCUUCUCAAUCCCUCGAGGGAUAAGAACACUACUCUCAUUAUCAGGCUAGCUUUUCAGGCUUAUGUUUAUGCUAUUUGGCGUGAAAGGAAUCUGUGUCUUCACACCGGAGUCGCUCGCGUCUUUGAUUCGGUCCUGAAGGACAUCCAGCUUACUAUUCGUGCUCGAUUGGAUCCUAUCUCUCGCAUUACAGAACUUCAUCCUUCUGCGCCUUCUGUUCUGAGGACUUGGUUCUCUCUAUUCCAAUCCUAG